CCUGCAGUCAGUCAGACAACCCUGCGUGGUCUCUUCUGCCUGCCCGGACCAGACCGGGCACCUGAACCACACUCUACUCAGAGAGGUCUUGUGAUCCAGCGUGAUUGCGCCGACACUGCUCUGUGGCUUUCUCUGCUUGGUGUGGGUUGCUGCUGCAGUUCCAGAAGAGAGCAGAAGGAUGGCUGCGAGUGGAGCCAGAAGCCAGGAGGGCCGUCGGAAGCAUACCUUCGUUCCAGAGAUGUUUGAUGGAGCCAAUGUAGCCCCACACCUUUGGCUGCACCGCCUGGAGGUCAUCAACGACCUCAACCAGUGGGACUCUGAUACCAAGAUGAAGUUCCUGAAAGAAUCCCUGAGGGGAAAUGCCCUGGAGGCCUACUGUGGACUCAGUGCCAAGGAGCAGGGGGACUAUGAGACUGUGAAAGAGAUGCUCCUGCGGAGCUUCGGGGGUUCCAUGGCCGCCCACAGCUACCUGCCCAAGGAGAUCGUCUUUGCCUUCAGCAUGGGUAAGGGCUACUACCUCAAGGGGAAGAUUGGUCAUGUGCCUGUGAGGUUCCUGGUGGAUUCUGGGGCCCAAGUUUCUGUGGUCCACCCUAGCCUGUGGGAGGAGGUCACCGAUGGUGACUUGGACACCCUGCGACCCUUUGAGAAUGUGGUAAAGGUGGCCAAUGGGGCUGAAAUGAAGAUCCUGGGUGUGUGGGAUACAGUGGUGUCCCUGGGCAAGCUCAAGUUGAAGGCAGAGUUCCUAGUGGCCAAUGCAAGUGCCGAGGAGGCCAUCAUUGGUACUGACGUGCUCCAGGACCACAACGCUGUCCUGGACUUCGAGCAUCGCACGUGUACCCUGAAAGGAAAGAAGUUCCGCCUUCUGCCUGUUGGAGGGUCCCUGGAAGAUGAGUUUGACCUGGAGCUCAUAGAGGAGGAGUCCUCGGAGGAGAGGGGCCAGCAGCUCUCCUAUUGAGAAGCCCCCUUUUUCUCAACCCCCAGCCCCCAACAUUGGUGAGAAGAUCUACUACAGUGGAGGGGAAGGGCACUUACCCUCAGAGUCAUUGGCCAAGGGCAACUCUCAAACCCCAAUCACCCUCCCACGGCCCUCCCUCUGCAGGUGUCAGCCCCUCGUGGGGGAGGCUUCCAUUGGAAAAGGAGCAGGUGAGGGAGAGCAGGCUGGUGUUCUCAGAGGAAGAAGGGGCUCUUGCUUAUCAAAUUGUUGAUGGUGGCAAAGUCUUGGAGACUGGGAGAAGUUUCCAAGAAAGAAAACAUGGUUGUCUUUGAGAGAAAACUGGGAUUCCUUUUCUAUUCCCUGAGAUGUGGGCUCCGUUACCUCAGGCCGAUGCAGCAUGCCUCAGUGGGCAGGUUGCAGGUUGUCAUGAGGAAGGCCCAGCUCAUAGGGGUGAGGGUCACAGCUGCCUUGGGAUUCUUCCCUGUUUGGUCUUCCCAUCUAAACAAUGUAUGUUUCCUUCUGUCAUUUGCUUUAAAACUCAUUGAGCCUUGUGCCAGUAAUUCAUUAUUACAAAAGCCAAUAAAGAUUGAC